CCCUACUCGAUUCUCAGGAGUCCGGGGGCCCCGGCGGAGGCUCCCACGUCCAAGGGGGAAGGUCCCAGGCCCCAGAGGAGAGGCUUCCGCGUCCCAGUGAGAGACGCGAUCCUAGGACCCCCGAAAGAGCCCCGGGUCCCAGGUCUGAGCCCGUCUCAUCCGCCCGCCCGGGCCCCAAGCGCACUGUCCAUGCCGGGGAAGGGCAGCGGGGCGGUGAGCGUUGGAGUUUUGGCCCGGGAGGUGGGCUGAGGAAACCCAGCCUCUGAAGGCCAGCGUGAGGACAGGUUGCUUCGUCCGUCUCGGUGCUGGUGGAAGAGGAAAGCCAGCGAUGGACCUUGUGAGACUUGCCCGGCUCUUCUCCAGCCCCUGCCCCACGGGACUGUCCAUCCUCCAGCAUCUCAGCCCCCUUGGAGCCCGAUGGGCAGGAGGCAGGGAGCGGCUUGCCAUAUGGCAGACCUGGCCGGUGUCAGCCUUCAGUAGUUUUUCCUGUCAGCUGCCACUAGGCCAAGGGGACCAGAAGAAUGCAAGCAGCCUGCCCUCUGAGCCGAGCCAGCCCAGCCCCAUGGCCCCUCAGGAGGAAGAGGAGGAGGAAAGCUUUGGAACCCUCUCCAACAAGUAUUCUUCCCGGAGAUUAUUCCACAAAUCAACAGCCCGGUUAUAUAACCUGCGGCUCAGGGAACAGAGUGCCGAGGAAGACGAAGAAGGGGAACUGGAGCCAAAAUCCUGGCGGGGCCGGAAGAAUACCCCAUACUGGUAUUUCUUUCAGUGUAAACGCCUGAUCAAGGAAGGAAAGCUGGUGGAGGCUCUGGAUCUGUUUGAGAGGCAGAUGCUGAAAGAGGAGCGACUGCAACCACUCGAGUGCAACUACACAGUGCUGAUCGGGGGCUGCGGGCGAGCAGGCUACCUGAAGAAGGCCUUCCGGCUCUACAACGACAUGAAGAAGCGAGACCUGGAGCCCUCUGAUGCCACAUACACAGCCCUGUUCAAUGUCUGUGCCGAGUCCCCCUGGAAGGACUCAGCUCUGCAGAGUGCCCUGAAGCUCCAACAGCAGCUCCGGGCCAAAAACUUCCAGCUCAAUCUGAAAACGUACCAUGCCCUGCUGAAGGUGGCCGCCAGGUGUGCAGACCUGAGGAUGUGCCUCGAUGUAUUCAAGGAAAUCGUCCACAAAGGCCACGUCGUCACAGAGGAGACCUUCAAUUUCCUGCUCAUGGGCUGCAUCCAGGACAAGAAGACUGGCUUCCGACAUGCGCUGCAGGUGUGGAGGCAGAUGCUGAGUCUGGGGCUCAGGCCAAACCGGCAUGGCUACAACCUGCUCCUGGGGGCAGCUCGAGACUGUGGCCUGGGAGACCCAGAUGUGGCCUCCAGGUUGCUCUUGAGGUCCAGCGAGAAGGUCCUGAUCCAGCCCCCAGAAGGCAAGCAGCGGGCAGGGAAGAGACACCCGCCUAGAGCAAGUGGCGGCAUGUCAGCCAGACUGCAUGUGGAGGCCCUAGAGAAGCAGCUCUUUACAGAACUUUCUGCAGCACUUGAGGCUCCUCCAGAGCCUUUGAAGGCCGCAGUGCCUGGUGAGGCCCAGCCUGAGGUGGGAACCAAGGCAGAGCCCAGCCACACUGCAACCCUUAGCCUUGGACCCCUAAAGCCACCUCCCUUGGAGGUGGAGGUCAACCUCCUAUCCCUUGGGGCUGUCUCCCCAACUGUGGUAUCGCUUGGGACAGUGACCACCCCUGCUGACAGGCUGGUCUUGAUGGGGGGCCUGGAAGGCUUCCUGGGCAAGAUGGCGGAGCAUGGGCUGCAGCCCGACAUCAAGACCCUCACACUGCUGGCUGAGCUGGUGGAGCCUGGGAGCCCUGCGGAGUCCUCGCUGCUGACCGUCCUGGAUAGGCACCAGGUGGAGGCUGACGUGACAUUCUUCAACACACUGAUGAGGAAGAGGAGCAAGCUGGGGGACCUGGAGGGGGCGAAGGCGCUGUUGCCAGUCCUGGCGAAGAGGGGACUCAUCCCCAAUCUGCAGACGUUCUGCAACCUGGCCAUUGGGUGUCGUAGGCAUGAAGACGGUGUGCAGCUGCUUGCAGACAUGAAGAAAUCCCAGAUGACCCCAAACACCCACAUCUAUAGCACCCUCAUCAAUGCAGCCCUCAAGAAGCUGGACUACACCUAUCUCAUCGACAUCCUGAAGGACAUGAAGCGCAGCAGAGUUCCGGUGAAUGAGGUGGUCAUCCGCCAGCUGGAGUUUGCAGCCGAGUACCCACCCACCUUUGACCGGUACCAAGGGAAGAACACCUACUUGGAGAAGAUUGAUGGCUUCCGAGCUUAUUAUAAGCAGUGGCUGAAAGUGAUGCCAGCAGAGGAAACUCCCCACCCCUGGCAGGUGUUCCGGACCAAACCCAGCACAGACCAGGACACCGCCAGAGACACUGGUGCAGACGGAGGCGCUGGGGGCAGGUGAUAGGGCACGUGGCUGGAACAAAGUAUGUGGGCCCUUCGGUGCCUGGCGGGAGCCACAGCAUGCUGCAGGUGUUGGUUUGAGGACAUAUGCCAGGCCCAGGCUGCUCAAGUUCCCAGCAGGUCCUGCAGCAGCUCAAGCCACCUUUGCUUGUCACCUCAGGUCACCCUCGCCUGAGAGGCUGUCACUCCUAUUCCCACAACACCUAUGAGGUAGGGAAGGGAAUCCAAGGAACAGGUGGUCCCUGGGCCCCAUACUCUCCCUGGUUCUGUGCUGGCUGCCCUGAAAGAGUAACGCGAGACCCAAGAGGCUCAAAGGUUUUAUUGUUACAAAGCACAGCUGGUGAACACCAAGCCUUCACCUGAGGAGACCACGCUCCAACGAGGGCCCAGGGUGCUGCUCCAAGAGUUGCUCCCAGGAAGAGGGUGGCACAGUAAGAACCUGUAAGGUCCACAGUCCAGGAUGGAGAGGGCUCAGGGCCAGAUGGCCUCAGCCAGAGCAGCCCCGGCAGCCGCAGUGCGUACACUCGAUGAUGCGACCCUGCAACAGAGGACAGCUGACUGUGACACUGUGCCCAGCUACUACCACACCUACGGCUCCCACACAAUGGUCCCGAGUAGGGUGCCAAUGGGACUUCCUGCAGGGCACCUCUCAGAACCCUUCAUGGACAGUACUGGACAGGAUUUCAAUUCCCUCAGGAAAAGGGAAACACAAGCCAGGAGUGGUGGUGCACAUCUGUAAUCCUAGCACUUGGGAGGCUGAGGCAGGACGAUCACUAUAAGCUUUAGACUGCUAUAAGCUAGGAAGUGAGUUAAGGUCUGUCUGAACUGCACACUGUCUUGUCUCAAAAAAAAAAAAAAAAAAAAGAACAGUGACUGUCAACACUGAUGUUUUAUCUAUGUAUAUAUUAAACUGAUGCAAAUUCAGUGUACAUUCUUGUUCAUCAAAAAAAGAAGGAAAAAGAAAA